GCAACAGUACUUAUUUAUUUUCGAUAUGUACAUGAUGUAUUGGAUCACGCACUACAAACAAAAGAAGAUAUGAACAUGAUGUAAUACUAUGGAAUAGAAAUAACAGAAUACGGGUUUAGAUUUUUCCCCCCUUUUCUUUUCAUUUUUGCCAAAAGAACAAGGUCCACUAAACUUUGGGGAGGUGCCACGUAUGCAUAUUCUUGGGGGUUCUAAGAUGUAUAUAUGCACAUACAGAUAGAGAGAUGAGCAUUGAAAGCUCAUAGAAACUAGCAUAAUCUAGAAGAAGCAAGGGAUACAUAUUAUUAGCCUUCUUUCUCUUUUGCUUAUUGUUGAUAUUGUUCUAAUCAUCUACACCAUGUCUCUAAAGAUAGCAGCAGAAAUUUAUCCUAAAUCAGCAUCAGAGAUAGUGGAAGAGCCAUGUUUGGUGGUAAGAGAAUAUGAUGAAGAUAGACACAAGGUGGCAGUAGAGAAACUUGAGAGUCUUUGUGAAGUUGGACAGAGUGGAAAACCAUCUCUUGUCACUGACCUCAUGGGAGACCCCAUAUGCCGUAUCCGUCACUUUCAAUGGCAUGUCAUGCUGGUUGCAGAAUAUGGAGAAGAUGGAGAAGUUGUUGGGGUGAUAAGGGGGUGUGUGAAAACAGUUACAAGAGGGAAUUCGGUUUAUGUAAAACUGGCCUAUGUUUUGGGGCUCAGAGUCUCCCCUCGACACAGGAGAUUUGGCAUUGGCACAAAACUAGUUCAACAUUUAGAAGAGUGGUGCAAGCAAAAAGGGGCUAAGUAUGCAUAUAUGGCAACAGAUUGUACUAAUGAGCCUUCAGUGAAUUUGUUCACAAAAAAAUGUGGCUACUCAAAAUUCAGGACUCUAACCAUACUAGUGCAACCUGUGCAUGCUCACUACAAGCCAAUUAGCUCUAGCAUUGCUGUGCUUCGCCUUCCACCACGCCUAGCAGGGUCCAUGUAUAACCAUAUGUUUUCCAAUUCUGAAUUUUACCCCGAAGACAUAGAUUUGAUUUUGUCCAACAAGUUGAAUUUGGGCACAUUCAUGGCCAUCCCCAAGAAGUACAUGUCCAAGUGUGAUCUAAAAAGGGGCAUUCUCCCUCCAAGCUUUGCAAUGUUAAGUGUGUGGAACACCAAAGAUGUGUUCAAGUUGCAAGUGAAGGGUGUUUCACCUUUGGCACAUGCAUGCUGUGUAGGCACAAGGUUGUUGGACGAGUGGAUGCCAUGGCUAAGGCUACCUUCAUUUCCAGAUGUUUUUAGGCCAUUUGGGGUUUAUUUUGUGUAUGGACUACACAUGGAGGGAAAGUGUGGCACACAGCUCAUGAAGUUCCUAUGUGGAUUUGUGCAUAACAUGGCAAGAGAUGAUGGGGGUUGUGGGGCCAUUGUGGCUGAACUGGGCCAAAGGGACCCAGUAAGGGAUGCAGUCCCACAUUGGAGAAAGUUAUCUUGGGCAGAGGACAUGUGGUGCAUUAAGAACCUUGAGGACACUAAGCAGAAUAUCCCUGAAAAAUCUGAUUGGUACGCUUCUAGAUCCUCUUCACCUGUAAUAUUUGUUGACCCUCGAGAUUUUUGACCUAGUCUUUUGAAAUUUUAUAGAGAAAGGGAUGAAAAUGUUGUUAAUGCCUUUUCUUCAGCCACUGUAAGAUGUAAAUUAAGUAACUAUUUCAUCAUGUGUGGAUGAUUAAUUAAGCCAUACUAUAUCA